CCACUAUCCAUAAUCCAAGUAGCCUACUCUGAGCUUUCACAGCCAACGUUCGCCGGCGGCAAAUUCACUCAAGAAUGAUCAACUCAAAUGCUGCACACAUGAUGUCUACUGUUCAAAUUAAGAAGUUUUGUGGAGUCGUUUUCACCGAAGAGAACACAGUGAAUUUGGUGGCAUCAAACUGGUACGUCGAUGGCAAAUGCUGGUGGCCAAAUGAUGCUACUGAUGACAAGAUUAGCAAGGCCAUCAGGCGAUUCGAGGAGCCGGGCCCUGGGUGGAGGUCAUACAGUGCUCGUUUGAUUUUUGAAAGAGAUGACUUAAUUGAAGCAACACAAAAAUUAAAGGAGUAUUUGAAUAAUGGCACUGCUGGUCUGAAGCGGAGGACCAGCCCCGAAAACGAAAACGGAGGGAAAAAAACUGUAAAUUCUCAGGACCACCAACGACCACCACCACAACAACCCUGCAUCUCUGCCAGUUCUCAUGACCAACACCACCUAAACGACAUCAGCUGGAACACAAGGCGUCUGGGGUCUGUGGGUGAGACAUUAACUGCCAGCGACGGUCGGGACCAAGGAGGCAGGGGUCAUUUCACACAAUUAAUGGGGCCCACAAUACCCAGAAAUGAGCAUGUCUUCAGGCCCACAUUUAGGGUUGGGGGUGAUAGUGGCCCGAUUCCCUGCACAGCUGCAGAGCUGCAUGGCCUGUUGCUGCUAGAAAAUAUUAAGCAGCAGGUCAACCAGUUAGCAGGAACUUUAAACAUUUUGAUGGCGAAAGUAGGAUCAGGCCUGCAUGCCCCAACCUACGAGAUGCCCGAAGAGUUCGAAUUCCCCCUCGACAGCGAUGGGGAAUUGGAGCGUUUCGAAGAGUGGCUCCGCAACCCUCUAAACGAAAGAAUGAAGACAAAUCUUGCGACUUCGCUCUCCUUUGUUGGAGGGGUGGACACUAAGAGGGUUGUUACCUGCACCGUGGCACGCAGGAUCACUUGGAAGGGAGUAAACGGCAAAAGGGCCUUCAAUAAAAUGGCCAUGAAAAUCGUUCUUUUCCACACUUCUAUCCUACAGCAGGCCCCUGACUGUCCGCCACUGACGCCUACUCUGAAUGCCACCUCUAUGGUCUCUGUCCCCAUUGCAUGUGCAGCAUGUCUUAACGUUACAUUCACCCACUGGCUGUCACUGGUCUCUGUUGGCCAUUGCUAAAUCACCUUUCUUUGUAGAUGGCACUACAGUCUAGCAGUAUUAGAACAGUGUAAGAACUUAUUUUGUGUGUUUGUUUUACAAUAGGUGCAGUGCGCAAAUGCGCUAUAACGAGUGCAGCGAUGGAUGCAGACAUAUCCCAGCAUACCAUUCGCUGGUUUAACCUGGCAAGCGACAGGGAAGGGGGCCGCCAGGAGAGACAG